AUGAACAACGACCCCAAUAAGCACAAUCCUAAUCAGCCAUGUCAAUGCAACAUUGAUCGUGCUCUUCAUGGACCAAAUGGGUUUGUCUUUAUUAAUGGUGCUCAGAAACAAUCAGACACACCUACCGGGAAAUCCUAUUUUGCAUAUAAUAUCCGUAUUGGCGAUACUGAGACUAAACAUCGAUACAGUGAAUUCGAAUCACUUCGGAAAUCACUCGUCAGAUUACAUCCUACAAUGAUCGUGCCACCAAUACCUGAGAAGCACUCUAUAGUUGAUUAUGCUGCACUUCAGACAAGAGUAAAGGAUGACCUUUCGAUGGUAGAAAAGCGAAAGCGUAUGCUUCAAACCUUUUUGAAUCGAGUUGCGAAGCAUCCACAGCUUGGUCACGACCACGUAUUUCAUCGAUUCCUUGAAAACGGUGUCGCAUGGUCUGAUGUCUUACACUCAUCUCCACUCUCAGACUUGCCCAAGAACCCUCUUCAAGUCAUUGCAAGCAAGCAGCCGGAUAUUGCUGCAUAUGAGGCUAUUUUAGCAAACAGUUUAAUUCCCACACCUACGGCAACCUAUACACUUAAGAAUCCUGAUCCACGAUUCGAGGAAUCCGAGAAAUUUACAUAUCGAAUUGCAAACUAUAUGAGCAACAACCUCGAUAAGAGCCAACGGAAGGUGAUCCGCCGCUUAGGAGAGCUCGCCAAUGAUUAUGCUGAACUUGGCGCAGUAUACAACGGAUUUAGCUUGAAUGAAACUGGCGCAGUAGCAAAUGCUAUUGAAAAAAUCGGCCAAGCAGUAGAUGCUUCUUACACAGAAACAGGUCAAAUGGUUACUGCUCUUGAAGGUGAAUUCGCCGAGCCAAUCCAAGAACAUUCCCAGUUUGCCCACACUAUCAAACAGGUUUUGCGAUUCAGACACAUGAAGCACGCUCAAGUAGAGUUGAUCGAAAGUUCUUUAAAAAACAAAGAAGAAAGUCUCCAAAACUUACUAGAUAUCGAACGUGAAGCUAGCCGUCUUCAUGAUGCAAUGACAACUGAACGAACCAUUGGUUCCAAUGCUCUUGAUAUUGAUCAAAUAAAUGAAGCCGCCAAUUCGCACACUAGUGGGGAGGAAUCUGGUCAAGAAGAAUCGCCUUAUCUUAAUAAUGAUCACAGACCUAUUGUUCGAAGACGCUCCCGAGGCUGGGGUGGCCCAGUCCAGAUGAUUAGUGCGGUAGGACACACACUACAAGGGCUCAUUGAUGUUGAUCCAGCUUCUACUCGUCACAAUCAAAUUGGAAAAACCAAAGAUUCCAUGGAGUUGCUUCAAAAAGCUUUGGAAAUCACUCGUAAGGAUUUAGCAGCUGCUUCGAUUGAAGUACAGGCUGAUUUGGACAGAUUCCAACGAGAAAAGAUUAGGGAUCUACGCGAUAUGCUGAUCGCAUAUGCCAAGGUCCACAUCAAUUAUUGUCAAAAGAAUCUUGAAUCAUGGGAAGAAGCCAGAGUCGAGAUUGACAAGAUACCAAACUAA